UCGGUCGUGUCGGUUUCGGGUUAAACAAUUUAAGUGAAUUGGAGGAUAGCUUUUGGCAAAAUUGUGUUAGAAGGUGUUUUAUAAGCUCGUUAUUUAAAAUAUGCAAAAUUUAAAAUAGAAAAACAAAGUAAAUAGCCCGUGUCGCAUGCGAAAAGUGUUUACAAAAGCAGCAGCCUAAUGUAUGGAAGUGUUACUGUCAUCUUGUUGUUGGUGUGAAGUGCUUGCUAUACUUUACUCCCACUUUCCUACGGUUUUCCUUAGUUUUGUUAACAUCAAAUAAGAUCGGUCGUGCGAAAACUCGGUUAAAAAGUACAGCGCCUGGUUUGAAAGUGCAUUCGGCAAUGAAAUGUCUAUCGAAUUCGCGUAACGUGUGUGUGUGAAUGUUUGCUUUGUCAAAACAAGGCUACAAAAAUUAUCUUUUCAUCCCAACAAGAGGAAGAGGGGUAACUUUGUCGUGUUUUUGUGUUGCUCAUCAUUCGUAUUGGUUUUCUUUGCUUAAAAACAAAAUGCAAAAGAAGCGUAGUAUUUGUUACGCACACGUUACCCCCUGCCUCUUCCUCUUAUGCUGUUGGAUGUGAAUGUUUGCUUUCUCACAACAAGGCUACAAAAAUUGUCUGCAUCCCAACAAGAAGAGGGGUAACUUUAUCGUGUUUGUGUGUUGCUCAUCAUUUGUAUUGGUUUUCUUUGCUUAAAAACAAAAUGCACUGCCCCUGUCUCUUCCCCUUAUGCUAUUCGAUAUUUUUAUUCACACUUUCCUAUGGAUUUGCGUAUUGUUGUAAACAUCAAAUGACAUCGGUCGCGCGAAAACUCGGUUAAAAGGUACAGCGCUUCGUUUAAAAGUACAUUCGGUAAAGAAAUGUCUUCCGAAUUCGCGUGUUGUGUUACUUUGCUUUGACAAAACAAGGCUACAAAAAUUGUCGUUGCAUCCCAACAUGAUGAAAAGGGGAAACUCAUUUCUUAUUUUUAUGUUCUGUUCUCCGAUCAUUUGUAUUCGUUUUCUCAGCUUGAAAACAAAAGGCAAUAGAAGCGUAGUAUUUGUUACGCAUACUCCCCCCUCUCUCUACCCCUUGGGACAUUCGAUAGUUUCAUUAACCAAAUGAAUGUGAUCGGCCGCUGCGAAGUCUCGGUUAAAAAGUAAAUAUUAUAAUUUGAAGAAACUGUGUAUCGUAGUGCCGUCGGGUGUGAAAUGUCUUGAAUUCGCGUAACGUUGUGUGCUUUUCGCUUUGGUAAUACAUGUAUACAAAUAUUUUCUAUGAAUCCCAAUAAGAUACUGUCAUGCAUUUCUGACCAUGGCAGCCGGUUGUACGUACCGGAUUGACACGAUGGAAUCUUCCAUCGGCAAAGGCUGCUGCCUCGGUGUACAACACACUGCUACCCCAACAACAACAUGUAGAGGGGCAACUUCUUUCGUGUGGUGCAGUGCUCUGCAUUGGUGUUUGUUGUUUUUGCGCCAAAAAAUUCAGUGGUCCUUAUAAGCCACAUCAUUCUAGUUGUCGACUAAGUAUUGCCAUGGUAAUGGUGAAAUUUUGCUGCUUCAUAAUUGCAUGGUCGUUUGCAUAAAGUGCUUUGUGGGCCGUUAGCAUUGCAGACAUACAGUCUCUCAGACUCUCUCGUUUUUCCAUGAAUGUAAGAGAGUGAAAACAAUGAAUCAACCUCAUUCGCAUAUAAAUUAAACAUCAAAAUUAAUAAAAUACUAACUAUUCGUGCUUAAGAUUAUUUUUAAUGUUCGUUCGUUCGUUCGAUUACGUUAAAGAUCAGUAAAAAAUCGUUUUGUCUAAGCACAGCAUCGUGAGGAGUUUUGAUAAUUGAAAUGUGUGGGCCCACAUAUAUAUUCUAUAUCGGAAACGCAGGCGCUAAGGAAUUGAUUUCGUCACUACCUCAGCCGUAUUCAAGCUCACUGGGGCUAAAACUAUACUUGAUAGCCAUAAAUAUUUUUCCACAACAAAAUCAAACUCUACUCCAAUGUGUGGCAUACAAAGUUGAAACUGGAGUGAAAAAAGUAAUCGUGAACGAUCCAGCAAACUAGUAACUAACCAACAGACAACAACCAGCAAUCAAAAAACUAAACAACAGGGAAAAUGGCCACAAAUGCAGAUUUAGAUACCCAGGUGGCCAUAGAAGAUCUGCCAUUAACAUUUAAGGUCAAAUAUAUUGGUUCAGAAAUUGCACGUGGCCUAUGGGGUAUUAAAUACACCCGUCGACCCGUUGAUCUCAUGGUUGGCAUUGCCAAAAACCUCCCGCCCAAUAAAACACUGCCUCACUGCGAACUGAAGGUAUCAACCGAUGGUGUCAACAUUGAAAUCACAUCGCCCAAAACUAGCCCGAAUAGUUGGAGUUAUGCCAUCGACACAAUAUCAUAUGGAGUUCAAGAUCUAGUCUAUACUCGCGUAUUUGCCAUGAUCGUUGUGAAAGACGACACCAGUGUUCAUCCGUAUGAGGUUCAUGCCUUUGUGUGCGACAGUCGUGCUAUGGCACGAAGAUUAACCUAUGCCCUAGCAGCUGCUUUUCAGGACUAUUCGAGGCGUGUUAAGGAUAGCGGUAGUGAGGAUACGGAUAAAAUUACACCUGCCCGGCAAAAAUUUGCCAUAGAUUUACGUUCACCCGAGGAAUUGGCAGAGGGUAUUGAAGAUGAAACGGAGGCAUAAAGGCAUUUUGUUCUUAGUUUGGCCAAGUGAUUAUGUGUUGUAUUUGAUGUUGUCAUUUUUAGAUGUAAAAUGGAAAUUGCAGUAAAAGAAAAAAGUGUAAUAGAGCAAAUAAACAACAAAACCCAUUAAUUGCUUAAUGAAUUUCUCCAUUUUUUGUUUUAAGUCCUGUGGUCCUAUAUCUUGCCUGAUCCCAUAGAAUCUAGUAUUCCGCUGCGCUGUAGUAUACUGUUGUUUUAUUAACUUAAUGUAUUUAAGUAAUGUGAUUUAAAGUGUUUUUGUUUCUUCUUUGCUACUAUUCUGCUCGGUAUUAUAAAGUAAUUUUUAUAGUAAUUUAUUUUUUAUUAUGUUGCUACACAUAUAUUUGUCUUAAGUUUUAAAUUUAAUGUAAUAUACAGUGAACUUAAUUACUAUCCCUCCACCAUUAUUAUUAAUAAUUUACAUUUUGUCUGUGUUAAGUGGAUUUGAGCGAUAAGUAAUGUAGUAUGUGUUAUCUAUGUCUAUUUUACAUGGAUUAUAUCUUAUGAUGGCAUUCCAAAUGACCUUUUGUAUAAGUUUUGUGCUUUAUCGAUCUAUGUGAUCCGCAUACAGCUAAAAAUCCAAAGUUCUAAAAAAUGAAAUAAAUAUGUAUUGUACUUCAAUGUUGUAAUAAAUGAUUUAUAUUCUCGCAGGUGUUUUAAUA